AUGGAAAGCAUCGCACGGAAAGGCACCGUACCAUGGGGAAAUGAUCCCAAUUACAAAGUCUUCCGUAAUGUAGUCGCAGACUAUGGAGCCAAAGGAGACGGAAAGACAGAUGACACGGCUGCAAUACAAAAUGCAAUGAACGACGGCAAGCGAUGUGGAGAGAACUGCCAUGGCUCAACCACGAAGAACGCCAUUGUCUAUUUUCCACCCGGCACAUAUCUAGUGUCUAAAACCAUAGAGAUGCCCUUUGGCACACAGCUCAUCGGCGAUGCUGUAAAUCGUCCAACCAUUCUGGCAGCAUCGCGGUUCAUUGGCCUCGGCGUCAUAUCAACAGACAAGUACACCGGAGGCGGCGCCGGGUCUGACGGUCUCGACGAGGAGUACUACGUCAACACGGCCAACUUCUACCGACAAAUUCGAAACGUCAUUAUUGAUGUCAGCGGAACACGUCCCGUGCAAGGUGUGUCCGGAGUCCACUAUCAGGUUGCUCAAGCUACAUCAAUGCAAAACGUCGAUAUCAUCGCCAAAACCGGGACAAAUCAGCGCGGGAUGUUCGCCGAGAACGGAAGCGGAGGUCAAAUAUCGGACGUCAACUUCAAAGGCGGCAACUUUUGUAUCUACGGUGGUAAUCAACAGUUCACAGCACAGCGCCUGACAUUUGACGGUUGCGAUACUGCUGUGCGGACGAUCUGGGAUUGGGGCUGGAUCUGGAAGUCUAUCACCGUGAAGAAUACUCGCAUCGGAUUCCAACUGCUGUCCGAUGGCAGUAUGACCACGUCUUCUUCAUCAGUCAAAGCUUCCUCAGGAAAUAUUGGAUCUGCAUCCUUUGUUGACUCGAACUUCGUCAGCGUCGGCACGGCAGUGAUGAUAGCACCGUUGAAUUCUGCUCCUGGAAGCGGGAGUACAGGCGUUAUCCUAGAGAACGUGGGUUUCAGUGGCGUCACCGUGGGCGUGGCGGACUCAAGUGGGAAGACUAUACUGGCAGGAGGCGAUCAACGGCUGAAAGAAUGGGCCACGGGCCCCAUGUAUCUGGGCGGCGGCCGUCGCUUCGUAUCCGGUGAGACUGUUCCCGCCUAUCCGCGACAAGCAACUUUGCUCGACACAAGCAAGCCAAAUUCGCCAUACUAUGAACGCGCGCGACCCCAGUAUGAGACCAGGUCGGCUUCUGAUUUUGUGCAUCUGAAGGACCUGGGCGCCAAGGGUGAUGGCAUCACAGACGAUACCGCCGCGGUUCAGCGGGCACUUGACAACAACAUCGGUAGAAUUCUCUUCGUCGACGCCGGGACCUAUAUCCUGACUGACACAGUGACUAUCCCGGCGGGAUCUAUUCUUGUGGGUGAGACGUGGUCGCAAUUUGCAGCCUCGGGAGACAAUUUCAAAGAUGCGACAAAGCCAAGAGUCAUGCUGCGAGUCGGUAGAUAUAGUGACAUCGGCAGUGUCGAGAUGCAAGACUUAAUAUUCACCACCCAAGGCCCUACUGCAGGUGCAAUCCUCGUCGAGUGGAACAUCAAGGCUGGCUCUCAAGGUUCAGCGGCGCUGUGGGACUGCCAUGCUCGUGUCGGUGGCGCCAUUGGCACAAAACUUACGGACAAAGAGUGUCCCGCCAUCACAACCGGUACCGAUCCGGGUUGUCAAGGCGCCAGUAUGCUCUUUCAUCUAACUACACAAGCGUCUGGAUACUUCGAAAACAUGUGGCUCUGGACUGCAGACCAUAACAUUGAUGAUGUGGAACUCUCGAAUGCCAAGAACCCAAUGAUUCAGAACAGCGUGUACAGCGCUCGUGGUAUGUUAAUCGAAUCGCGGGAAGCCACAUGGUUGUACGGCACAGCCUCCGAGCACUCUGUCUGCUAUCAGUACAACUUUAAUGGUGCCAGCAACAUCUAUGCUGGUAUGGUUCAAACAGAAUCGCCAUAUUACCAGCCCGUUCCCAAGCCACCAGAACCCUUCGCCAACGCAGUGGGCCAAUUUGCUGGUGACCCGACUUAUCGCUGCGGAAAUGAUUUCGACGGAUGCGACGCCUCUUGGGCAAUCAUCGUCCGAAAGAGCGAAAACAUCCACUUUGCAGGAGCAGGGGUGUAUUCCUGGUUCUCCAGCUACACUCAAGAUUGUAUCGACUCACAAACUUGUCAAAAGGCACUCAUACUUGCAGAGAAGAACAAGGGCAACGUCCGAUUUCAGCAUCUCAUCACAAUUGGAGCCAAAUACAUGAUCGUCCAAGAUGGCAAGGGUAUCACUGCAGCCGACAACCUCAACGUCAAGAGUCAUCCGCGUUGGUCACAGAUAAGUAUCCUGGACCUAGCGUUUGUUAAAGCCGAUCAUCAAUCACCAUUCAGCGCAACGGUCAUCCCACUGCCGCAUACGACCGUGCCACCACGAUCUACCCUGACACUCAGCGAACCGAUUCAAUCUGACAUCGUGCAGCUUCCUUACAAUGGCAAUCAGAAUGAUGCUCCAGGACCUGGCGUGAGCUCAUGCAGUGCAUGCAGUUUCUUCCGCCUGAUCACAUCGACUUGUUGUGGUACUGGAGGUAGUCUUGGCAAUCCUCUCUUGAUUCCGAAAGGAGUGACAACAUAUAUUCCCAUCGAAUUGCCAGCCGGAUUUGUGCCAGGGCAAGCAUUUGUUGGGCAAGAUGGAGUCACGUAUCCUAAAGGUGUCGCACUGCCCCGGAAUGUGAUCAUCCCGGUCGGCACGACUUUCGCGAAUGGGUUCACGAUUCCAGCUGGACAAGCUCUCGCUUCGGGCGAGGACAACGGACCACCUCCAGGAGAUCUCAUAUGGAUUGAUCCCAAGAUCUGGCAACAACCUAACCCGAAGGUAGCAUGUGAUAUAUUUCCAUGCACAUUCAAGUUUCCUCCCUGGACAGGCGCUACUAGCACGUUAGACUAUCCGAAGAUGACGGUCACCAAUGGCACAUUUACAACGACCAUCACACGAGGUCCAAUAACCAUUACAGAAUGGAUAUUCGAUCCAUACACAAUUUCGGCUCCAAGUCAAUCAACCACGUCAUUUGCUGCGCCGCAGGCAACGACAACAUCUUCUACUACAGUCGCACCGAUAUUUUUCAUCUGGCCACCACCACGCUUUGGGUCAACGUCAACGUGGCCGUGGGUGACUUACACACAAUCUGGGAUUGUUAUGUCUACACGUCCGCCUACAACGGGUAGCGCGACGGGAGGAAAAGGAACGGGGGGUGGUGGCGGCGUCGGAGUUGUGCCCACACCUCACCCUCCUCCUCCCCCGCCAGGGCCAUCGCCGCCACCUCCUCCAACGGGAAGUUGGCCCGUGGCAACCAUUACAGUCUACCCGCUGCGGCCGAGUCCAACAGUGCAUGAUUGCGAUUUUCCUGACCCGGAGUGUCCAAAUCCGCCCGGCAAGACAGAUGGACCCGGGUUCACGAUGCCUGAACCCCAGCCUGGAGAGGUUGACGAUGAUGACGAAGACGAUGAUGAAGAAGAGGGAACGUGCCCGCUUGUGUCGAACGGCGGUGGCUCUGGAAGUGGGGGUUCUGGCGGAAGCGGUUCUGGUGGAGGUGGUGGGGGAAGCGGUGGUGGGAACAACGGUGGAGGCGGAGGUGGAAGCUCUUCACCGACACCGACCUACAACAAUCCCGAUCCUGCACCGGCAGCGAAGACCAUGUCCACAUUCGGCCCCGGCUAUACCGCAUUCGCAAAGAAGAAUCCGAACGGCGCGUCAAUUCGCAUCGAGUUCAAUUUUGAAGUCCUUGCUGGUUGCGCAUGGAAGUUCGACAUGGAGCAGUGUCGAAAAUACUUUCGCGUACCGAUCGAUUCUUGCAAUUGCAACGGCUUCGAUGGCAAACAAGGCGGAGUUGCGAGGAAUAACUGUCUCGCGUGGCGUGUCGACCCCAACACCGGCACUUAA